AUGUCUACUGCUGCUCGACGACGUCUUAUGCGGGAUUUUAAAAGGCUCCAGGAAGACCCCCCAGCUGGUGUUUCCGGAGCCCCAACAGACAACAAUAUUCUCCUCUGGAACGCUGUAAUAUUUGGCCCGGCAGAUACACCGUUUGAGGACGGGACGUUCAAACUAACCAUAGAAUUUACAGAGGAGUAUCCAAAUAAACCGCCCGUCGUGAGAUUUACCUCUAAAAUGUUCCAUCCGAAUGUUUACGCGGAUGGGUCCAUAUGCCUUGAUAUCCUGCAAAACCGCUGGUCGCCCACAUAUGAUGUGUCUUCUAUCUUGACAUCCAUUCAAUCACUUCUCGAUGAACCGAACCCCAACUCACCCGCCAAUUCCCAAGCCGCUCAACUCUUCCAGGAAAACAGACGAGAAUAUGAAAAGAAAGUGAUGCAGGUCGUCGAGCAGAGCUGGAAGGAGGACGAUGAGUAG